CCCUACCUUCGCUCCAGACCUGCACUUUGUUUCUUGUGCAAUGGACGGCCGCCUAGACGCCACUGACUUGUACCCUCUGGGAUCCGGCUACGUCCCUGAGAUCGACAGUGUCCAUGAUAUAUCGGUUGGCACCAAGAGGGGAUCAGACGAACUCUUUUCUUCCUGCAUAUCCAGCGGACCGUAUAUCAUGAACUCAGCCAAUGGCAACGACAGCAAAAAAUUCAAAGGUGAUGUCCGCAGUCCCGGUGCCGGUGUUCCAUCACGUGUGGUUCACGUACGCAAGCUGCCAAACGACAUCAAUGAGGCCGAGGUUAUAAGCCUGGGACUGCCUUUUGGGAAGGUCACAAAUCUGCUGAUGCUGAAAGGGAAGAAUCAGGCCUUCUUGGAACUGAACAGUGAGGAGUGUGCACAGACGAUGGUGAGCUACUACUCCUCUAUUACCCCGGUCAUCAGAAACCAUCCCAUCUACGUGCAGUACUCGACUCAUAAGGAACUCAAGACGGACAACUCCCCGAACCAAGUACGUGCUCAAGCAGCUCUGCAGGCAGUCAAUGCCCUGCAUGGAGGAGGAAUAGGAAGUGUGACCAUCUCUUCUGAUGCUAGUAGCAUGGCAGGAGCAAUGACCCAAAGCCCUGUACUCCGAGUCAUUGUAGAGAACCUGUUUUACCCCGUCACCCUUGAUGUUCUACACCAGAUCUUUUCAAAGUUUGGUACAGUGCUGAAAAUCAUCACGUUUACCAAGAACGGCCAGUUUCAGGCUCUGAUCCAGUACGCCGACGCCAUGACCGCUCAGCAUUCCAAACUCUCUCUAGAUGGCCAAAAUAUCUACAAUGCUUGCUGUACCCUGAGAAUCAGCUUCUCCAAGCUCACCUGCCUCAAUGUGAAGUACAACAACGACAAGAGCCGAGACUACACCCGCCCAGAUCUGCCCACGGCCGACUCCCAGCAGUCCAUUGAUCCUCAGACCAUGGCAGCUGCCGCGUUCACUGCACCAGGAAUAAUUUCAGCCUCCCCCUUCGGUGGAGCUCAUGCCUUCUCCCCAGCUUUUACUAUCCAGCAGGCUGCAGGUCUGUCGAUGCCUGGUAUCCCCAGCGCCUUGGCGUCCCUGGGUGUGGGUCAUUCUGGCAUGGCAGCUGCUGCAGCGGCAGCUAGUCGUCUGGGCCUGUCGGGGCUUGCUGCGGCUGGAGGACACAACGUGUUGCUGGUCAGCAACCUGAACCCCGAGAGCGUUACGCCACACUGCCUCUUUAUUCUUUUCGGCGUGUACGGAGACGUGAUGAGAGUCAAGAUCUUGUUCAAUAAAAAGGAGAACGCUCUUAUCCAGAUGUCUGAUGGCACACAGGCUCAGCUAGCCAUGAGCCACUUGAACGGCCAGCGUCUUCAUGGCAGGGCCAUGCGUGUGACCUUGUCCAAACACACAACGGUUCAGCUGCCCAGAGAAGGCCAUGAGGACCAGGGCCUCACCAAGGACUUCAGCAGCUCGCCGCUGCAUCGUUUUAAGAAGCCUGGCUCCAAGAACUACUCCAACAUCUUCCCGCCCUCUGCAACGCUGCACCUCUCCAACAUCCCGCCCUCGGUGGUGGAGGAUGAUCUGAAGAGGCUGUUUGUAAGUUCAGGAGCCACAGUCAAAGCCUUCAAGUUCUUUCAAAAGGACCGGAAGAUGGCCCUCAUCCAGAUGGGCUCCGUUGAGGAGGCCAUCGAGUGCCUCAUUGAGUUCCACAACCACGACUUGGGGGAGAACCAUCACCUUCGAGUGUCCUUCUCAAAGUCCACCAUCUGAGUGCCCC